ACUGAUGAUGAACAUAUACUCUGGAUCACUUGGUUUUAACUGUAGAAGAAAGAUCAGCCGCGGGCAGUGGGCAGCUUGUUCUGGGCUGGCUCACGAUCUUGCUUGCUAGCCAGCUGGCAUGAUCCAGCGACAGACAUAGUCCUUGCUGGUGACUGCCUCCGUGGGGAGGACUCCGUGCAAAAACUAACUUGUGUCUAUCCAACACAUUCCGGACCUGCACCCAGAGAUCCAUCUGGAUCUACUGCCGAUGCUUCCAUCGAACUCCAGCUGCGAAAACAGCCCCUGCCAGCUUUUGCCAAACUGCACGAAGACUCGUCAGGCUGAAAACAGAAGAAGGAGGCAGACAUCAGGCUGUGGCACUCCCACCCACCCCAUGCGUAAAGGAGGACAAAGACAACGAGUUGGGCUUUGAGUCUGUUAACUUGGACGAUGGGAGGUGCUGUGAGCGCAGGAGAAGACAAUGAUGAGUUAAUCGAUAACCUGAAAGAGGCUCAAUACAUCCGGACAGAGCUGGUGGAGCAGGCCUUCCGGGCGGUGGACCGGGCAGACUACUACCUGGAGGAGUUUAAAGACAACGCUUACAAGGACUUGGCUUGGAAACAUGGGAACAUUCACCUCUCUGCUCCCUGCAUUUACUCAGAGGUCAUGGAAGCUCUGGAUCUACAGCCUGGCCUUUCCUUCUUGAACCUGGGCAGUGGCACUGGCUACCUGAGUUCCAUGGUUGGACUCAUCUUGGGUCCUUUUGGCGUUAAUCAUGGUGUGGAGCUUCACUCUGAUGUUAUAGAAUAUGCCAAACAGAAGCUGGACUUUUUCAUCAGAACAAGUGACAGCUUUGACAAAUUCGAAUUCUGUGAGCCUUCUUUCGUCCCUGGCAACUGCUUGGAGAUCUCUCCAGAUUGCACUCAGUAUGACCGUGUCUACUGUGGUGCUGGAGUCCAGAAGGAGCAUGAAGAUUACAUGAAGAAUUUGCUGAAAGUUGGUGGGAUUCUUGUCAUGCCAUUGGAGGAAAAGCUGACUAAGAUAACUCGAACUGGCCCUCUAGCCUGGGAGACGAAGAAGAUUUUGGCUGUGUCCUUUGCUCCUCUGGUCCAGCCCAACCAUGCGGAUUCGGGCAAGUCGAGACUUGUCCACUUGCCCCCAGUGAUGGUCCGCAGUCUCCAGGACCUGGCACGCAUCGCCAUCCGCAGCACCAUAAAAAAGCUGAUUCACCAGGAAACGGCCGGCAGGAAUGGGAAUGGCCUCCGGAACCCACCGAGGUUUAAGCGAAGGCGCAUCAGGCGCCGCCGCAUGGAAACCAUCGUCUUCUUGGACAAAGAGGUCUUUGCCAGCCGGAUCUCAAACCCUUCCGAUGAUAACAAUUGCGAGGAGCUGGAGGAGGAGAGCAGGGAAGAGGUGGAGAAAGCAGUGCCCGAACUGAAGCCCGACCCUCCUAUAAACAUCCUGAGAGAGAAGGUCUUAAGCCUGCCUCUGCCCGACCCUCUGAAAUAUUACCUGCUUUAUUAUAGAGAGAAAUAAGGUCCUUGUCAGCGGAAAACAGAGAGGUAGGCAGGACAAUAAAACACUCAGUAAGGCAUGACGGAUGAAUGCCACUUGCUUGCCUGUUAAUGUGACCACGCAUGGUGGUAAGCUGGCCGGGGAAUGUGGCUGCCAUGUACUCCAAAACGUGAUAGCAUUUUUCAGAUUCCUUCCCUUGGUUUGUGUGCUCUAGUUUUGUCCUACAGCAGAGCUUCCUUGGUUUGCGGGGGGGUGGGGGCAGGCUGGCAGCAAAGCGUUCCGCUGCUUACCGAAAUGAGGGUUCCAUUCAGUAGAAAACAACACACCACAACUUUGCCGAGACAUCGGUGAAUCUCUCGGCUGCGUUUUUGCCAAGUGGCUGCUCCAGAGAUUGCUUUGGGCAACACCCAAAUGAGUUGCUUUGCCCUAAAAGUGGAAAGGAGUGGCCUAGCAGGAUCUGACCCGGCCAGCCGGAUCUCUCCCCAAACCCGGCAAAAAAGCACAAUAGUGGCAGAGUACAGAAUCAGGGUUUUUGGCAUAUGUCAAAUGCCCAAUUAAAGCUGCUUUUUUAUCAGUAGGGACUCAGUUUAGGCAAACCUUCUCUUUACAGGGGUGGGUAACACUCCCCGGGGAACCAAUGUGAUCUGUUAGAAGGCUCCUUAGGAGAAUUCCUGUUUAAUACAAGAGUGGGAAAGAGGCGAUGUGGGGUUCACGUCGAAGCGAGCAGAAUGCAGGGUUUCCUACUGCAAAACUCAGUGUUUUGCUUCAGACCCAGUAAUCUGAAAACUUGCUGGGUUCCUCCAGUUUGUGGUUACGUUCUCUGAAAGAAUAUGAAACACUUAGGAAGAGACGUGGAUGGGGAGGAAAUGCAGAGCCUGAGUCCUUCAAAGCCUUUGGAUUUUUCUGAGGUUUGGUUGCCUGAGUGCUCUGCCAGGCAUGUGACAUGGACAGUGGUGACCAUGUCUCUAACUGGAGCAAGUACCUAUGUUUCUGGGAGAGUGGUUCUCUUUUCUCAGAGGGUGCCCAGAAACUGGAAUCAAUCUUUUAAAUGUCUGGGUGGCACUGUCUUGCCUAUGCCCCAGUAGAGGCCUCUGCUGCAGCAAAGGGCACUAGAAGGCUCUUCGUGUAGGGUUUUGUUGAUGGAAAAAAUAUAGAAUAGCCUAAUUCAGCUGAAUUCGGUGUUUUUCUUAAACAAUUACCCAGAUACUUUAGUUUGUACAGAAAUAUGUCAGACUAUACUGUGGAACAUCCACCUGAAUCCUCUUUCUAAUAUUAGUCGGUCACGUAUAGCCUCAGAAUUUGGAGCAGGAAGAGGUAAUCUCGUAGAAAUUCUAGGGCUUUCCUCCCAGUUUGAAUACUAAGAAGAAACAUCAAAGAUUCUCAAAGAGGUUAAACAUUGUUUUCAAUAUAUUUCCAAUCUGUCAUCAAUUGCCUGUUUUGAUUUAACUUUUUUACACUUUCUUCCCAUUGCCACGGUCUCCUGAACUUACAAAGAAACAAAUGAGGAUUGUUUCAUGUUGGAGUUUAUCAAAUCUCUUGGGUGUAUGUUAGAUGCAUACUUAAAGUCAGGAACCUUUUUUUAAUCUAGGCCUGUGAUUGUCCCUAGGCAACCAGAGUUGGCACAGAAUUGUCCCUGAGCUGUACACAGUAGAGCAGCCGUGUACCAUGCUCUUCCAGAAGCUUGGUAAAAGUUUGUUUUGUACUCCUCUGAGGUCAUCUACAGCCCAGGUGCUGCAUGCUAUAGAGACCUGUAUGAUAUGUCCAAUGGUCUGUUUCGUCUUGUAUCUUCUGAGGCUUCAAGGCAUCAGAACCGAAUCCUUCGUAGAACUCAGCUCCCCGUUACAGCUUUGAGUCCAAAAUGCAUCAUCCUUACGAAGUGAAAGCUGGAUGUUAAAACACACAACUGUCAGUUCGUUCUGCGGAUGACUGCUCAAUGUUCUGACGCUUUCUGAAGCUGCCUUAAUACAGAGCCAUUCUAUUGAUCCAUGGAGUCCAGCAGCGUCUCCUGUGACAGGCCGCAACUCUCCUGGUUCCUGGGUGGUCUGUGUGUGUCCAGUGGCAAACUCAGUUUUUCAUCCUCUGGGAAAAUAGGCCUCCUUGUAUGUUAACUUCAAAUAAUCUGGCGAAUAGGCCUCUGAGGUAUCAGCAGAAGUUGUCCUGAAGGGAGGCACUUUUCCCAUUAAUCCUGUUUGACUUCUCUUCCCCAUAGCAUUACAGUUUUCAAACUUGGAUCACCCAGCUGUGUUGGACCACAACACCCAUCAUCCAUAGCCACAGUGGCCUUUGGGUGAUGGGCAUUGUAGUUCAGCACCAUCUGGGGACCCGUGAUUGAGAACCCCUGGCAUAAGGCUUGUUGGUUUGUUUGGGUUUUGUUUUUUUUAGUGAGUUGUCCAUUUUUUAAAAUUGUCUUGGGCUCUUUGUAAGAAUGCAUAGAAAACUGGUAUCUUGUAGGGUCCCCCUAAAUUUUUUGGUUGGAAGAUACACAUCCAAACAAUUGUGACCUGUCCAGUUGCCGUAUUAGCAAAACACACAAAAAAGGUAGCAGAUGUACGCUUGUGUCUGUGUCUGUGUGUGUGCGCGUGUGUGCACGCGUGUAUGCGUGCGCUGCUUAACUGUGGAAUAACAUAGACUCUUGCAUUGUAACAGAAGGGGAAUUGUCAGUGUGGUAUUCCUAGACACCAGCAUUUACACACUGUUUAAUCCAGUCAGUGGAUGUUCUUAGUAAACUAACUGUAGCCGUUGACAUGACUUUUCGGUUAAGUCUGUAAACUCCUUUUAUUUUAUUUUUCCCUGUCAACUAUCUACCUUGUGCAAUUUCACAUGUCUGCAUUUUUGAGCCUCAUGUGGUUCUUUCAUAGCUUUCGAUAGGAUUGCCAAGUUAUAAGCCUGCAGAAGGAAGCUUUUUCUCCAUAGGUUUUGCUUUCGUAUGGUAGCUGAAGAUGUAAAUAGUUGUAGAAAUGAAGAUGAGAAACCUACUUUCUGAGGCAUGGAGAAAUGUCCGAAGCAAGUGAUUUGGAAAUGCAGAUUUUAUCAAAAUAAAUGUCUGUGUCAAUAA